UGCUCAGGCUCGACAUCUCACACUCGUUUAGAGAACUACUCCCAUUUAAUAACCCCCCUUCACGAUAAUCACAAUAUUCUCUCUUGCGAGUCGACAAUUCCUCUUAGAACAAACAAACGCCGAAAUUCAAAAUGAAGUCAUUCGUUCUUACCGCUUUUGUUGUCGCCUCGUCUGCCCUGUCUGUGUCCGCACAGGUGUAUCCUCCUUUUAAUGUCACUGCUGUCCCGGAGGCCGAAAGGAUUCAGUGGUGCAAAGCCCAGACCGCUGCAUGCCCUCUUUUGUGUGGUGAUCAGGAUAAGACUGCUGCGCAGAACAAGUGCUUCCCAGAUAAUCUCUAUUUCACUUGCGUUUGCAACGACGGCACCUCGCCCAAUUUGACCGAGUACUCUCAAACUAUCCCUUACUUCCGCUGCCAGGCCGAGGUCAAGGGUUGCUCCGAUGCCUGCACCGGUAACUCGAAAUGCCAGUCCGCUUGUACCGCGAAUAGGCCAUGUGGUGCCACCGAUCCUCAGCGUCUCAAUACUUCUACCAUCACCAGCACCAAAGGUGCCUCGAAGACUUCCUCGCCCACAGGGCUCAUCACUACCACAGAUGCCAAUGGUUUUGCUGUCACUGGUACUGCCGCAGCUGGUUCAUCCGGAUCAAACAAUGCCGGAAGUCUUAUGAUGGAGGCUGGUAGCGCAUAUGGGCUGGGAUUCGUUGCUGCCGGUGUUGCCAUCGGAGCUGCCCUUAUUGGUGUUUAAGUUCUUGUGGAAUGGUAGAGAGUGUGGUGGAAAUCAGGGUCGGCGUGGUUUGAUAUAAUGGCAUGAGCAAAUAAUUCUCUUUGAUGUUUCUGGCUUUAUACUCUUCGUGAUCAUAUCUUUUUCCUUUUAAUGUCUUUUUCUCUCCAAUAUUUCUAAGCUUUAAAGUUCCAGAUCAUUGAGCAGAAGCAUCGCAUGCUAUUUUUUUUCCCUGCUCUCGGUUUUUUUUUUUACUACUAGUAUGAUACCUCAUAGUCAUGGAGCAGUUUUUUUUUUUCAAAAAGGGCAUAUAUUUGGACAAACGUGUCAGCUCC